AUGGAACCCUCUCAAGCGACUCUGGAGUCUUGCCCGCCGACCCAAGCCAAGAAUCAGCUUCUGCGGCCUACUCACCUGUCGGAUCCCACGGGGGAGGAAAUGGCCAAUCCUCUACCCUUGGGCCGCUGGGCUACCACAGCCGACCUGUUCCCCCCCCCCCGUACCAGUCGAAAGCAUACCGUCAGUCUGCAAAAAUGACUGACACAGCAGGGAAAUAACCUACAUAGGAAGCCAAAUUCAAUGCCAACUUUGACAGGAUAUGUACAGCAUUCUGGCACCGGAUUGCAGUCCGUGCAGAGCAGACGCAGCCACCUACAACUCCUGCCACACAGUUCAAGUCAGAAGCCCUUCCAACAAACAACCCUACCGAUCCAGUACAUCCAGCCACACGUGUGGACAAAACUGA